CAUUUUCAUACUUUUCUGUUUUUUUAAAACAAAUGGUUCUCUGUAGUAGAGUAAACAAACGAAACCUUCACGGCAUUAUUUCUAGCCUAAUAAACUGCAUCCACUGCAGCAAUAUGUUUUCUUAGGAAAUGAGAAUACGCUGCACUUCCUUAUAGCCAAAAACACCUUGAACACAAAACAUUUGAACAAAUAAAUGAAACGCGGUGUAAAUUCUAAGCACCAAACCCCAAAAAAAGAAAAAAAAACUGAACGUGAGGACAAUGGACUCCUCCCUGCUGCCCUUCUGUGGAUGACCUAACUUAAAACCAGUACGACAUUUUCUGACAUCAAGAUUAUAUAAUGUCAUCACAGGUAAAAAAUUAAACAAGGUAUUUCUUUUUAACUCAGAAAUACACUAUAAUAUAUAUAUAUAUUGAUUUCUACACAUUAUUAAAAAUAACAUACAACAAAGUUGGAACAUAGAAAGCAAGAAAAAAAAUCUGCGCGCACACACACACAUAUAUAUAUAAAACAACAUAACUAUUGAAGUGUAACUUUGUGAAUAAACUUGUUUGUUUGGGGCUAAAGAAAAUCUGAUACUAUAAAGAGAUUUGUUUGCACAGAGAGGGGAGAAGAGGUCAAAAUGUGCUCAAUGAUGCAUUUAUUGGUUCUAGUUCUGCUAAAAGCCUUCUCAAAAUGUUGGAAAAAUGUAAUUAGGUUUAUGUUUUCAGUGAAAUCAUUUAGAUUAUAUGUAAAACAAUUCUGAGUUAGUCCAGCAGUAAAUGUAAAUCAGAUAUACAUUGGCAUUAACAACAAUAAAACGUUAUGGGACUCAAAGUUUAAUUAAAAAAAAAAUACAUUUAUGCUUUAUGGUAUGGCUGUAUAUUUUACUACUUCUCCUUUCUCUAAUCAGUUUCUGUUGCCAUUCUUCCUUUUUUCUCAUCAUAAAUCCAGCUCUUGUUUUACAGUUCACGCUAUGUUUGAUUACCAGAGCUAUUUGUCAACAUUAGAGCAGCAGGGACCUCAGUGACAGGUUGCAGUUUCCUGUUCACUGGUACGAAUCUCAUUUACAUUUGAAGUCUUGUGAGUUUCGGUCUCACUCACCAUCCAGUUUUUCAUGUUCUGGCUAAAUUGAAAAUGUAAAUCCUUUUAAAGCUCCACAGGUUUAUGAAUAAAAUGUUUUCAUAUUUAUGAAUUAGUGUGUUUACAACAUAAACUUAAAAAAGAAGAUGUUUGAAUUCUUUUUUGUAGAAAGAAAAGAGAAAAAUGCCUUAAAUAUGAAGACAGAAAUAACAUAAUUCAUCAGCAGGCGUACUAGCCCAGUAAAGUAUCCAAAAGAGGCUUAGACUCACUGGCGACUUUAUUAGGUACACCUGUCCAACUGCUCAUUAAAGCAACUUUCCAAUCAGCCAAUCACAUGGCAGCAAUGCAUUUAGAUAUAUCCUGGUUUCUUGAACACGACAAUGAUUUCAACCCAAUAGAUCACCUUUGGGAUGUGGUGGAACGGUAGAUCAGCAUCAUGGAUGGCAUGGAGAGCUGUUUAGGUUCCGCUAAUGAUCUAAGAUCCAGAGCUCAGUGAACGCACCUGGCAGAGAUGUUGAUUGGCCCUGUAUUCAAAUAUACUUAGGUAAUAGAUGUAACAAAUAAAAAAAAAGCUGAAACAAGAAGCAAUCCCAAACCAUGAUACUAACACCUUCAGGCUUCACGGGUAAAAUCUUGUUGGAACAUUUUUAUUUAUUUAUUUUUUUGUAAAAUCAGAGCAGCCUCAAAACAGUUUUCAAUGGAUUUCUUGCUCAUAUGAGUGACUGUACGAGAACUGGUAACACAGGAAUGAAAAUAUGUAUUUCUUAUCUCACAGCCUUAAUGAGCAUGCCAGUGAUGUUUAGUAUUCUUCAGAGAGUCACAGGACACAUACGUUACCUAUCUAUUAAUCUGAUUUACUUUAGCUUUAAUGAGCUCAAAUGUUUUCCCAGCCUAAGAUCAGACAACUGAACCCAUACAACCCAAUAUCAAUGAAUCUCCUCGAAUCUUUAUACUGGCUGAAAAAGCUUGUUUUUUAUCUUUUAAAACAUUUUCAAAAACCUAAACCUGAACAUCAUUACAAUAUCAAACAAGUUAGAUGCAAUUCAACAUUUUUCUCACUAUCAUUCAGUCAAAGUGUGCAGGAGGAAGGCCCUGACUAUGGGGUUUUCCCUGAAGACUCCUCCAUCUAAAACCGACAUCUGGACUCUUCAACCUCUUUAGAUCCCGCCCCUUUGGGGAAAAAAAUACUACCUGCCUCCUACUCUCAUCUGAGGAGCAGGUGGACCAUGUGCUCGUACAGAGAGGAGCACGCUCUACUUCCAUGGUUAAAUGUUACAAGACAAGACUUUUGAUUUUUCUGUACAAUCAGGAGGAUGGAGCGGCGAGCAGAAACUUGCUCCAGGCGGUCUUUUGUUAUGUUGCUGUGAGGAUUUUUUUCUGCACACUUUUUGAAUUUAAAAGGUAAGAGGAGAAAUGUGUCAAACAGCUGAGAAGGUUUCUAGAUGUAUUUUCUUUCAUGGAACAUCAAAAGAUGUAGUUCAAAAUGUUGCAAGAAAAAGCCCCAUUACAUAACACCUAUUUUGAUUAAACGAAAUAUAUUUUUAUAUGUUUAAAAAUGUAAUUCAUGUUAUAUUUAUCAGACACUUGGCUGAUAUUGUGACUGAAUUAAUUAUUCAUGAAACACAAAGACUUUCUUUUUUUUUCAGUCCAGCAUCCACUGUGAUGUAAUGACACCUUUUGCCCUUACUCAGCAUGUUGGUUUCCAAAGCGAUGGAGCUCCUGCGGGAGUGCUGCUGAUUGGCUCACUGAGCUGCAGAGCUGCAGCCUGACUGUGCAUGUGUUUUUGUUAAUGAUCCACCAAUUAGUCACACACAGGUAACAGUUGUCCAAACAGCUUGUCAUCAGUACGCACCACAGGGAAGGGAGUGUGUGUGUGUGGACUGAUUCUGAUGAAUAGUUUAGGAUUUUCCUAAAGAUUCGUCAGAUUCCAUCUUUCCAAUGUCAGUUUUUACUUAAAGCAACAAGAAGAAAUUGUGAAAGUGAGAAGUGUGUGAAAAAAGCCCCAAAAAUAAACGCAUAAAAAAACCAAAUAUAUACUCAGUACAAGAAAAAAAAAGCAAGACACAAAGUAAAUUGUGCCAACAUCAUUGGAGAAAAGUUCAUCUUCUUGGACGAUGUGCAAAAAAAAAUUGGAAUCCUGUUUUUAUUGACAAAUUCAGUCCAAAAACUUUAAGUCUACAAAAAAAAAAAAAAAAAAAAAAACACAGGUAAAAUGAUUUUGAGCCGUAACCUAACCUAAAAUAUGUUACUUUUGAAUGUUUUUGUCAUUUUGCGAUCAAAUGCUUUAAGUUUACUCUAAAAUAUAGUACUUAAACUUUAAAUUUAAAUAAAAAAAAAUAUCAAAGUUUAUUUAAACUCAAAGAAGGUAAAGAAAAAGCUGACUAUCAAAAUGAGCAAUCUUAGGAAAAUGGCUCAUACUCAUUUGUAUUUAAAGCUGGAGCUGUAUCGAUUCUUUUUUAAGCUGUUAUUUUGUUUAAUGGUGCAAAAACAAAUUAGAAAAAAAUUCCGAAACACAAAGAUUAAGAUGCAGAAACGUUCAAAAUCGAUGUGUUAACGGCUCAGAACAGUCUGGUUUUUUUUUUUUUAGUUGCUUCUGUCACCACAGCAACCAGGCCACCACCUCUGGUGUGAUGUACUGUCAGACACUCCCAUUUGUCCCUUAUCCCCUGACUCCAACCUGACAUAUGCACCAUAAACACUUUCCCUCCUCCUGCUUCAGCGCCGCAGCACAACACGCUCAUCACUCCCUAUUCCGACAUGGGUUGAAUGGAUGGAAGCCGAACUUUGGUUUUAGCUCCUGUUCUCAUUGUCAGACUUGAGGAUGACUGGCCAGGUGGCGGACAGAGACCGCUCGCCCCAUAACCUGUCGGUGAAGACAACCGUAGAAGAAGAGAUUGAGAGAUCCGAGAGUAUUCUGAGCAGGGUACCAUCUGUCUGGGAUGACACAUCCUCUGAGCUGCAAAGAGUUGCUGCUCUGGACCGAAAUGGUUCAAGAAACUCUUUCCAAAGAAGUGGAGCCAUCUCCAGACUAGUCAAUCUGGUGGUGAGACUGAGGGAGUGGGCACACAGGAGUCUGUUAGAAGAGGAAGAACGACCAGACUCUUUCCUGGAGCGCUUCCGUGGCCCUGAGCUGAAAACCGCCCCCAGUCGCAACAGCAACACGCAACCAGACGUCAAUGGCAACAAUGCCAAAGGGAUCUUCAGAAAAAGGUGGGGUUUGUUUGUGGUGUCCCCCUCCGAUGACGCUUACUACCGCUGGUUACUGGUCAUCAGCAUCGCAGUGCUCUACAACUGGUUUGUUGUGGUUGCAAGGGCGUGCUUUGACAAACUCCAAGUGACAUUUUUUAUCUGCUGGCUGGUCCUGGACUAUAUUUCUGAUACUGUGUACAUACUGGACACUAUUGUACGACUUCGCACAGGUUUCCUGGAACAAGGACUGCUGGUGAAGGACCACAUCAAGCUAAGAGACAGCUAUGUCCGAACACUGCAGUUCAAGCUGGACGUGGCCUCCAUCCUGCCAACCGACCUGGGCUACAUUGCCACCGGUAUCCACACCCCGCAGCUGCGCUUCAACCGCCUGCUGCGCUUCCCACGCAUGUUUGAAUUCUUUGACCGCACCGAGACCCGCACCAACUACCCCAACAUCUUCCGCAUCUGCAACUUGGUGCUUUACAUUCUAGUCAUCAUUCACUGGAAUGCCUGCAUCUACUACGCUAUAUCCAAGUCUUUGGGGUUCGGCACAGACACCUGGGUGUUCCCAAAUAUCUCCAAACCUGGGUUCACCACCUUAUCCGAGACGUACGUCUACUGUCUUUACUGGUCGACUUUGACCCUCACCACUAUUGGGGAGAUGCCGCCGCCUGUGCGAGAUGAAGAAUACCUUUUUGUCGUCUUUGACUUCCUUGUUGGAGUGUUGAUCUUUGCAACUAUCGUUGGAAAUGUAGGCUCCAUGAUUGCCAACAUGAAUGCCACUCGUGCCGAGUUCCAGGCUCGCAUUGACGCCAUAAAACACUACAUGCACUUCCGCAAAGUCAGCAGAGAACUGGAGACCCGCGUCAUUAAAUGGUUCGACUACUUAUGGACCAACAAAAAAGCCGUAGAUGAACAGGAAGUGCUCAAGAACUUGCCCAACAAACUGCGGGCUGAGAUUGCGAUCAAUGUGCACUUGGAGACCCUGAAGAAAGUGCGAAUUUUUAAAGACUGUGAGGCCGGACUUCUGGUGGAACUGGUUCUUAAACUGCGCCAGCAAGUUUUCAGUCCGGGGGACUACAUCUGCAGGAAGGGAGACAUUGGUAAAGAGAUGUAUAUCAUCAAAGAGGGGAAGUUGGCUGUUGUGGCCGACGAUGGAGUCACACAAUACGCCCUCCUCACCUCUGGCAGCUGCUUUGGGGAAAUCAGCAUUCUGAAUAUAAAAGGGAGUAAAAUGGGAAACCGUCGGACUGCAAACAUCCGCAGCCUGGGAUAUUCGGACCUCUUCUGCCUCUCCAAAGAUGACUUGAUGGAGGCGGUGAUAGAGUAUCCGGAUGCAAAGACAGUGCUGGAGGAGAGGGGCCGGGAGAUCCUGAAGAAGGAGGGUCUUCUGGACGAGAGCGCAGACAGCGGCGGGCUCCAGAAGGAGGACGCGGAGGAGAAGGUGGAGAGGCUGGAGACCUCCCUGGACACCCUUCAGACUCGUUUUGCCCGCUUGCUGAACGAUUACACACACACUCAGCAGCGACUUAAACAGCGUGUGACGCUGCUGGAGCAGCAGGUAAUGACUGAUUAUAGUGCAGAAGCAAACGACGACACAGACGCUGACCCUUCAAACUGAUCUGUAAGCAUGAGACCUAAAACUGCUUACUGGGGACUAAAGAAACACCCUUUCAAAUUCACUCUACGAAUAUCUGUGUGUCUUCAGAACAAAAAACAAACAAGCUGAAGAGUGAAAACACAAAAAACUCCUUAAGUUCGUUCAGAUGUCAGUUUUGGUUGAAUAAAAUCAACCACCAUGUCACAGGUGCUCUGAAAUCGAUGGAUGCCACCGUUUUUUUGGGUUGUCUGUAAACAUGAUGUUCGCUUUUGUCAGCAGAGGGAUUCAGUUCCCUGAACACGUCGCAUGUCGCGCUCUGUUUCUGUACACCGUCUCCUGCUGGCACUCUUGGGACAAUGAAAUCUCAGGUGUGAUGGCAGGUGAUUUGUUUCCAGUGUUUUUUCUUUUUUUUUCCUUUAACACUGAAAGAGCCAUUUGGUCCAGUUUCUUACUGUCUAAAUAACGAGGUAGAGCCACAAAAUCCCUCUUCCUGUUUUGGAAAAUACAAUUUAUUUAUGUCCUUUUGACUAUCGAGCUACUCAUUUAUAAAAAUGUAGCUUUCAAAAACAUACUAUUGUGACAGUAUUAAUUUUUUUCUUUAUAUUUCAUUUUUAUUUAUUUAUUUAUUUA